AUGGAUUCCGGUGCAGGAGCUCCUAUAUCAUCACCUGAGCCCUCGUCUCGUGGUGGUGGUGGUAGCGCCGGGGAUGUCAUAGAUCGAGCCUCGGGGAUAGCUGCCAACCGACUAGCACGGCAUCUUGCAGGUGGUGGUCCCUCUGCUGCUGGUGGGUGUGAGACCUCGCCUUCCACCACCGACCCUCACUAUUCAUUCUUGGGACCAUGCACGCCUUCCUCCCGUGCUGUGGUAAGGCGAUGGCGUCCAGUACAAUAUGGAUGUACUUCUGAGAAGGCUAUGGAGCUCCCUGGAGAUAGAUCGGGCGCGGCUAGUGUUGUUUAUAAUGAUGCUUUAUACGUACUAGGGGGGUAUGGUGGUAGUGGACGUCUGGACGAUCUUUUCAAAUUCGACUUCAACACCAGGCUUUGGUCUCAAGUGCAUACCAAAGGAGAUACGCCAACAGGGCGGGAGAAUAAUGGAGCUGUAGUUAUCAAGAACCAUAUGUAUUUAUUUGGCGGUUACUCGGGAUAUAACUGGCUUAAUGAUUUUCAUUGUUUUAAUUUUGAUACAUCCACUUGGGCGCCAGUUGAAGUGAAAGGUGGGAGUCCGCCCUCUACGAGGUUCGGAUAUGUCUCCAGCGUGCAUGGUUCGGUAUUUUUUGUAUUUGGUGGUUACGAUGGCCAGACUUGGCUAAAUGAUAUGCAUGAGUUUGAUGUGGAGGAGGGAGUUUGGUCCCAGACCCACGUAUUAGGGUAUAUUCCCACGGGUCGAUCGUGCCCGAGUUGGGCCUACCAUGAGGGUAGCGUAUACCUCUUUGGAGGCUAUGAUGGAGUGCAUCGGAUGAAUGACUUCCAUCGAUUUGAGAUGUCUAAUAGGAAAUGGUCGGUAGUGGCUACGAGGAGCUCAGGCCAGCCUCCUUCUCCCCGCUACUUCCAUGCUAGCGUAGUGCAUGGCAACUCAUUGUAUCUAUUUGGUGGCUAUAGUGGACAGGAGAGGCUUAAUGAUCUCCAUGAGUUUAGAUUCGAUCUUCAAACGUGGUUUUUGGUCCAGACUGAGAAUCCACCAUCAGGAAGGAGCUCAUUAGUUGCUCAGGUACAUAACAACUCUUUAUAUGUAUUCGGUGGCUAUAACGGAUCAAUAGUUCUCAAUGACUUCCAUGAAUUCCGGUUUGACCCCAUUCACGUACCAGCAAGCACCAUGGAAGAUGACCUCCGACGGUUGAUGACGGCGCCAGAGUUCGCGGAUGUGGCGUUCCUUGUGGAGGGUCGUCGACUAUUGGCCAACAAGGCCUUGUUGGCAUCGCGUAGUGAGCAUUUCUGCGCUAUGUUCUACUCUUGUGGGUUGAGAGAGGCGGCAGCUGCUACUGCUGGAAGAUCUCAUCAAGGUGAUGGAGGCUCGGCGUGUGUUCCGAUUACAGACGUCGACUAUGAAACUUUCAAUUUGCUUUUGGAAUACAUCUAUACCGAUAAGGUCAGUCCAGACCUCAACACAGGACAGGCUUUGUCGUUGCUAAUCACUGCUGGAAUGUUCUGUAUCGACAGGUUGCGGGUAAGCAAUAUGUGA